GGGGUGAGGGGAGGUGAGCUCGACCCUGGGCCUCGGGGAAGGAGGAAAAACACUCGAGUCGAUCACCAGGCUCCUCACCAGCCGGCUCGCUCCUCACCAACUCCUCACCAGCUCCUCACCAGCCGGCUCGCUCCUCACCAACUCCUCACCAGCUCCUCACCAGCCGGCUCGCUCCUCAUCAACUCCUCACUAACUCCUCACCAGCUCCUCACCAGCCGGCUCGCUCCUCACCAACUCCUCACCAGGCUCCUCACCAGCCGGCUCGCUCCUCACCAACUCCUCACUAACUCCUCACCAGCUCCUCACCAGCCGGCUCGCUCGCCUAUGGACAUGGCCGAAAGACCGCUUCCAGCCGCGGUUCUACCGCAUGAAAGACCAAGACCCCAACGAAAUGGAAACGCUCAGUCGCGCCGCCGGAGGCGUGCCCUCCAGCGCCGGCUGCUCUGCGCCGUCAUCGCCGUGCUCUCCAUGGCGGCCGUCGGCGUCGGCAUCUUCCUCGCCGUCUACUACCUCUACUACAAGCAGACGGCUGCUUGCGCCUUCGGCAACUGCGGAGAGCCAGCCAUCAACAGAAGCAUCAUGGCUGUGAGCUGUGAUGGAACGCGGGACACAGUAGCUUCAUCUUGCAUGCGAGUGUGGGGACGUGCCCAGGUGCUCCAGGUGUUUGUGCCGGGGGCCCGCGGGCCGUGGGGGUUCGCCUGCUCCGACGGGUGGAGCGGCGCCCUCUCCCACUUCAGCUGCAGCUCCAUGGGCUACGACAGUGUUGAGAGUGCCGAGGCGGUGGACGUGGCCACGCUGGGGCUGAACGCCUCCUCCACGUUCCUCAGGGCCGACCCCGCGGCCAUCGCGGACUCCACCACCACGGUCGCCAAGGUCUUCCAGACGUGGGAGACCUGUGGCACCGGCAAGGUCAUCACUCUGCAGUGCUUGCCGUGUGGCGGAGGAGCCCCCCUGGAGAGCUCGCGAGUGGUGGGGGGCCGCCCGGCGGCGGGGGGCCGCUGGCCAUGGCAAGUGUCGCUGCACUACGACGCUUCGCUCGUGUGCGGCGGCUCCAUCGUGGCGCCCUCCUGGGUGGUGACGGCCGCUCACUGCGUCGUGCACAACACGUUGCCGGGCCUGUGGAAGGUGUACGCCGGCCUGGUGGAACAGCCGUCCAUGAUCGCCCCCUACCUGGUGGUGGACAAGCUCUACUUCCACUCGCUCUACGACCCCCAGUCGUCCGACUUCGACGUCGCUCUGCUGCGCCUGCAGGGCCCCGCGCACUUCUCGGGUUCCGUGUCGCCCGCGUGUCUGCCCGGAGCUGAGUUUGACUCCCCACCGGGGCAGAUGUGCUGGAUCACGGGCUGGGGCCGAACCGACGAACACACGAACGCGGUGUCCCCCACACUGCAGGAGGCCCGCGUGCCGCUCCUCUCCACGGCGCUCUGCAACUCGGGCAGCUACUACCGUGGUGCCAUCACCCCACGCAUGGUGUGUGCCGGAUACGAGAAAGGGGGCAUCGACGGGUGCCAGGGAGACAGCGGUGGUCCGCUGGUGUGUGCCGGAGUGUCCCGCUGGCUGCUGACCGGCGUGACGAGCUGGGGAGACGGCUGUGGGCACGCCCGGCGUCCCGGCGUCUACUCCCGCGUCUCCACCCUGCUGCCCUGGCUUCACAACGUCAUGCAGACGGAGAGGACUUGACGGUGCGGUGGACGGCGGUGCGGUGGACACCGUGGGGAGCUCAGGGCGCCGGAUCGACGGGUUCUCACCGGGCCGGCACGCACACGCACACGUGUACACGUUCACGCACACGCACGCACGCACGCGUGUACACGUUCACGCACGCGU